AUGGCCGGAGUGUUUUUCGGGGCAUUGACAGGCGGACAGGCUUCUGAUGUCCUCGGUCGGAAGCGGACUUACUUCGUCUGUCUGGUCCUACAUGGUGGGUUCAACCUGAUGGCAGCGUUCUCCGUCAACUGGCAGAUGUUUACAGCGUUGCGUUUUCUCAUCGGGAUGAUGAUUGGCUCUCUGACGGUGGUAAACUACCCGUAUUUCAUUGAGUUCGUAGGAAGAAAAUGGCGACCAAUUGCCUCAUCAUUGCCUGUCUUUGGAACAGGUGUAUGUGCAUUUGCCCUGUCCAGCUGGUUGAGGCCUGACUGGUCUCGUCAACACAUCAUAGCGGCUGCCCUUCAUCUGCCCUUCUUUUCGGCUUUGUCCCAGAGAGUGUUUACCAGACGCUGGUUGGCUGUAAAAGGGCGGACUGAUGAGGCUGAGAAGGUCGUGGAUCAGAUGAGUCGAUACAACAAAAGACAGAAGCCCACCAACACACUGCAGCUGCUGAAACAAGUGGCAGAAGAGGAGCAGAAACUGAGGGCAUCUGGCAGCAAGUACACGUACCUUGACAUCUACAGGGGCUGGAGCAUCUGCUGGAAGUCUCUCGUCAUACAGUACAUCUGGAUCAGUAUGUCGCUGGUGUACUUUGGGAUAUCUUUCGGUGCAGGGAGACUCGCCGGCAACCUGUACCUGAACAUCUUCCUUCUGGCAGUGGUGGAGAUCCCAGCUUGCAUUUUGACGUUCUUCAUGAACAACAAGUAA